AUGCUGACUACCGUUGUAGCAACGGUCCAUUACUCUCAACAACUGGUGAAUAUCGUUGCAGCAACGGUCCAUUACUCUCAACAACUGGUGACUAUCGUUGCAGCAACGGUCUAUCACUCUCAACAACUGGUGACUAUCGUUGCAGCAACGGUCCAUUACUCUCAACAACUGGUGACUAUCGUUGCAGCAACGGUCCAUUACUCUCAACAACUGGUGACUAUCGUUGCAGCAAUGGUCUAUCACUCUCAACAACUGGUGACUAUCGUUGCAGCAACGGUCCAUUACUCUCAACAACUGGUGACUAUCGUUGCAGCAACGGUCUAUCACUCUCAAAAACUGGUGAAUAUCGUUGCAGCAACGGUCCAUUACUCUCAACAACUGGUGACUAUCGUUGCAGCAACGGUCUAUCACUCUCAACAACUGGUGACUAUCGUUGCAGCAACGGUCUAUCACUCUCAACAACUGGUGACUAUCGUUGCAGCAACGGUCUAUCACUCUCAACAACUGGUGACUAUCGUUGCAGCAACGGUCCAUUACUCUCAACAACUGGUGACUAUCGUUGCAGCAACGGUCCAUUACUCUCAACAACUGGUGACUAUCGUUGCAGCAACGAUCCUAAUCUCUAUUCCGGAUCCAUAA